AUUUUCUCAUAAUAUUCCCCCACUUCAUUUCUCUCUUCUUCUCGCACCUUUCCCACAACUCUAACACACACCUCAACUACGAUGUCGAUGGCCGCCACCUCCACCGCCAUCCUCCGCCCCACCCCUUUUCUCGGCCAAAACAGAGCCCCUUCCAAUAACUCCCUCAGAGAUGUCGUCGCCAUGGGAACUCCAAAAUACACCAUGGGAAAUGAACUGUGGUAUGGACCAGACAGAGUCAAGUACUUGGGGCCGUUUUCCGCUCAGACUCCCUCCUACUUGAACGGAGAGUUCCCCGGCGAUUAUGGAUGGGACACUGCUGGGUUGUCCGCCGAUCCCGAGGCCUUCGCCAAGAACAGAGCUCUUGAGGUAAUCCACGGGAGGUGGGCGAUGUUGGGAGCCUUCGGGUGCAUAACACCAGAGGUGCUAGAAAAAUGGUUGAAAGUGGACUUCAAGGAGCCAGUCUGGUUCAAGGCCGGAGCCCAGAUCUUCUCAGAAGGGGGGCUCGACUACUUGGGGAACCCCAACCUGGUGCACGCCCAGAGCAUCCUAGCCGUUUUGGGUUUCCAAGUGGUCCUAAUGGGGCUGGUUGAAGGGUUCCGCAUCAACGGGCUGGACGGCGUGGGCGAAGGCAACGACCUGUACCCGGGGGGUCAGUACUUCGACCCACUCGGACUGGCCGACGACCCCGUCACCUUCGCCGAGCUGAAGGUGAAGGAGAUCAAGAACGGGCGGCUGGCCAUGUUCUCCAUGUUCGGGUUCUUUGUCCAGGCCAUCGUGACUGGGAAAGGCCCCCUCGAGAACCUUCUGGACCAUCUCGAUAACCCUGUGGCCAACAAUGCUUGGGUUUACGCCACCAAGUUUGCCCCUGGCUCAUAAUUAAGCGAUGUGUGGUGGGUUUGGUCGAUCAGAAGGCUGUGGAUGUGAUUAUUAUUAGAAGUUAGAAGGCUGAGUAAUGGAUUUAUGGAAUGAUUAUUCUUAAUCUUAUUUACAUCAUUUAAUUUAGAUCGAAUCGGUUAUCACAA